UGCUCGAGGAUACUCGUUAUACCUGCGUCCCACGAUGAUUGGCACUCAAAAGACUCUUGGUGUCGGACCCCCAGGUUCCGCCCUUCUAUUCGUGAUCGCAAGCCCUGUUGGCCCUUACUACCCCACUGGCUUCAAGGCUAUCUCUCUUGAGGCCACCGACUAUGCAGUCCGCGCUUGGCCCGGUGGCGUGGGAGACAAGAAGCUAGGUGCGAAUUACGCACCUUGUGUUCUGCCUCAACUCGAAGCUGCCUCCCGGGGUUUCCAGCAGAACCUGUGGCUUUUCGGAGAGGAGGAGUAUAUCACUGAAGUUGGCACGAUGAAUCUCUUCGUCGCAAUGAAGAACAAGGAAACUGGUCAGAAGGAGCUGGUGACUGCACCAUUAGACGGGACAAUCCUUGAAGGUGUCACUAGAGAUUCGGUGUUGGCUCUGGCAAGGGAAAGACUGGUGCCAAAGGGAUGGGCUGUCGCAGAGCGCAAAGUCAGGAUGACUGAGCUUGCUGAAGCAGCUCAGGAGGGAAGACUAAUUGAGGUCUUCGGAGCCGGAACCGCGGCCAUUGUGAGCCCCGUACGAAAGAUUAGCUACAAGGGUCAGCUGGUCGACUGCGGUCUGAAGGAAAAUGAAGAGGCUGGGGAAAUCGCCUUGCAAAUGAAGAACUGGAUCGAGGGUAUUCAGUAUGGUGACGAGGAGCAUCCGUGGAGCUACGUCCUAUAGAGUCUGAUUUAAGGAUAGGAAUUGAUGUGUUCUAAACAAUCAUUGCAUGUGUGGGUGCGUGUGUGCGCGCGCGCGUGGUUUAUGUCGUCUCCCAUAGACGAAUCAAAAUGUUUGAUUCAAGAUCAAGGGGCGUUGUAUGGCUCAUGGUGGUUUUGAUGGACCGAAAACACAAAUAACAAUAUGUUCAUGGUUGAUCUCUGAGCGUUACCUGAGGCUAGAGCAGUUUAAACUCAUCUUUUCAGUGCUCCUGAGACUUUGAUUCUGGUUCAGACGGAGAUUUUACUGUAUACCAACUCGUCCA